AUGGAUUCUGAAAACGAAGUACUAACACCCCCGGAAAUUCGAGCGGCAGCGGAAGCUGCGUCUCUGGAUUUACUUCCCAAGAAAUCAAGAAACAAUUAUGAAAUUGCCUACAACAAUUUCAUGGAUUGGCGAUCAAGAAACAAGGCCACCUCCUUCUCUGAAGAUACAUUAUUAGUGUAUUUCAAAGAAUUGGCUAAAAAGUAUAAGUCGUCCUCCUUGUGGACGUUUUAUUCCAUGCUGAAAAGCACACUUUAUAUUAAACACAAUGUCAAGAUCGACCACUACGCGAAGCUACAUGCUUUAUUAAAAAGACAAUCAGAAGGCUAUCAACCCAAAAAAUCUAAGGCAUUUACCGGACAGGAAAUAAAUAAAUUUAUUUAUGAAGCUCCUGAUACAAAAUAUUUGGCUACAAAGGUUGCAUUAAUUAUGGGAGUGAUGGGUGCAUGCCGCUCAAAUGAACUACAUGCAAUGAAAAUACAACACGUUACAUUUUAUGAAGGUUGCACUAGAGUAAUAGUUCCCGUUACGAAGACCAAGAUCCCUAGGAAUUUUACUAUUACUGAGAAGUUCCAUGAUAUUGUUAAAAAAUAUGCAAAUCUGAGACUGCCAAAUGCAUCAGAUUCUUUUUUUAUGAAUUUUCAAAAUGGAAAAUGCACAAAACAAGUUAUCGGCAUUAACAAGUUUGCCAAAAUGGGCAGAGAAAUUGCAAGUUUCUUACAAAUCAAAAACCCAGAAAGAUAUACCGGGCACUGUCUACGACGAUCUUCAGCCACAUUGUAUGUCGACGCAGGGGCAAGUAUGACAGCUCUGAAGCGCCACGGAGGCUGGAAGUCGGCUUCUGUAGCUGAAGGCUAUAUUGCAGACUCGCAGAAGAACAAGACCGAUGCAGCUACUAAAAUAUUAAGUCAAAUCAACCCUAAUUGUAAUAUUAAUAACAGUACUUUUGUUUCUACCCCCUCACAAUAUCCAGGUAUGUCUACUAUUACGAGCGAAUCUUCUCAUAACACUUUUUCGAUUAGUAAAGACACCACGGACAUUAGUAUUGGUACUACACCAACUACUAUGAAUUUCAAUAACUGCCCUAAUAUAACAAUCAAUUUUAUGAAAUAGACAGAGUAAUACAUAAUGAUCCUAUUAAGCGUCAAUUUAAAAAUAAUUGUGUGCUGAAGUGUAAAUGUUAAUUAAAUAUUAUUAAACUUAUUAAAUGUUCAAUCCAGGACUUUCAUUGAAUUUAUUCCUUAUUACAUCACAACUCAUAACACAUAAACAUAUAACAUAAACAGCAUACAUAAACAGUAACCAGUGUUGAUAUUGAGUGAAUGGUAGAAUCUAAAAAUGUAUGAUAUUAUGUUCCAUUUCAUAUAAAGCAAGUUAACAUCCACUUCCGGCCUAACCGGAAGUGCCACCAUCUUGAGAAUAUUCUAGCUGAAUUGCU